CUCCGAUCGUCUGCAAGCGAAGCAGGAGGAGCGGUGGGAACCGGCCCGGGGAUGCGGGGGCACCCGGCCUGGGAACACGGCGGAAACCGGCGCAGGGACACGCGGGAAUUCACCCCGGGGCGUGCGGAGAGAGCAAACAUGUCCUGACCGAAGACAUCGUGCACCGGGAGGUGACGCCGGACCACAAGCUGCUCUCUCGGCGGCUCCUGACCAAGACCAACCGGAUGCCGCGCUGGGCAGAGCGCUUCUUCCCAGCCAAUGUCGCCCACUCCGUCUACAUCCUGGAGGACUCUAUCGUGGACCCCAAGAACCGAACCAUGACCACAUUCACCUGGAACAUCAACCACGCUCGUCUCAUGGUGGUGGAGGAGCGCUGCGAGUACCGGGUGAACCCCGAGAACAGCAACUGGACCGAGGUCAAGCGGGAAGCCUGGGUAUCCUCCAGCCUAUUUGGCGUCUCGCGGGCCAUCCAGGAGUUUGGUCUGGCCAGGUUCAAAAGCAACGUGACCAAGAGCACUAAGGGAUUUGAAUAUGUGCUAGCAAAAAUGCAAGGAGAAGCUCCAUCCAAAACACUGGUGGAGACAGCCAAGGAAGCAACUGAGAAAGCCAAGGAAACAGCUCUGGCUGCUACGGAGAAAGCCAAGGACCUGGCGAGCAAGGCAGCCACCAAGAAGAAGCAGUACGUGUGAGGGGCCAGCUGCACCAGGACAGAUAGGAGACUCCUUAGAUUUUAUAUUUUUAAAUGAAACUGUAUAAGUCUGACAAUCAGCUGCUGCUUGACCCUUUCUGAGAUGUAAUUAUCAUUAAAGAAUCUACUCCCA